CUCGGUGCCAGUUAUCGACACAUGGUAUUCUGCAUGUUUAUAGUAUCCCGUGUGUCUAGUUAGGUCCUGUAGUCAGUUAUGGACGCUUUUACUGAGUGUGUACAAAAUGCAAACGGCACGUCACGUUUUAAUUUAAAAUAAUCGAAAGUCAGAAAAAUUUCGAGAGGUUUUAAUAUGUGGCUGGGCUCUCUGUUUUCUGAAAAUACUAUCUCUUGACAACCGGGUGUCUGAUUUAAUUCUACUAGAGAAUUUAGGACGAUGUCACUUUUCCUGAUAAAUAGGUAUCUGGGAGAUGAAGAUGACAGUAUCCAAUCUACAAGCGAGUCUCGAUCUAAAUCCCUGCUGGCAAAACUCCAGGAGCAGGCCAGAGCGAGACAGCAACUGCAGGCUUCAGCCAAACAGGAAGAAUUGGAAACUACUGGUGUCUCACCUGGGACAAGAACAAAAAGAAACCAAGAUGAGGAAGCAGCAACUGAUGAAAGAGCCACAAAAAAGAAGAGUAAGAGAAAGGCAGAUCAGCCACUUGGGGAUGAAAGUUUGAGUGUAGAGACCACCAAAGUAGAGGACAGCCUGCCAAGCAAGAAGAAGAAGAGGAAAGAAAAACCAGAGAAGAUAAAGGAGAGUUUGGUGAAGAAGAAACAAAAACAGAAAGUUACCACACCUGAGACCACGGAGAAGUUAGUGGAUGAGGAAGAGGAGGAGAAAGAUGACGAAGACGCUAUCAAAGGGACAGAAGAACAUGCCGAGCAGCUCAGCAGUUCUGACCGGAAGAUGUCUGAUUCAGGGUUUACCAUUUUGGGUGGAUUUGAGAGCAAACCAGUACAGAAGGUUCAAAUGGUUCUGCCCCAGUGGCUCGCUAAGCCAGAUAUGUUUCAAAGAGACAUCAGCCAGAACCUGGUCCCAAUCAAUGAGGUGCAAGGAAUAUGCCCCCAUCUGCUGAAGAAGCUAGACAGCAAUGGGAUACAGCAUUUUUUCCCAGUGCAAGCAGAGGUGAUCCCCGCCAUCCUCGAGGGAGUCAGCAACGGCCUGCUGGUGGGCCGGGGUGGGUACAAGCCGAGAGACAUCUGCGUGUCUGCCCCGACUGGGAGCGGCAAGACGCUGGCCUUCGUGGUCCCAGUCGUCCAGGCUCUCCUGAAGCGGGUGCUGUGUGAAGUGCGGGUGCUGGUGGUGCUGCCCACCAAGGAGCUGGCGCAGCAGGUCGGUAAGGUGUUCCACUCCUACGUGGACGGCACGAACCUGAAAGUGGUCAUGCUCAUCGGCCAGAAAUCUCUAGCUGCAGAACAGGCUUCCCUCGUGGAGCAAAGUGGUUCCAGGUACCGGAGCUUGGCGGACAUCGUAGUGGCAACCCCAGGACGACUGGUCGACCACAUCAACAUGACCUCAGGCUUCAGUCUGCAGCACCUUCGCUUCCUUGUGAUCGACGAGGCAGACCGGAUGAUUGACAGCAUGCACCAGUCCUGGCUAAGUCAGGUGACGAAGGCUGUGUACAGCGGGUCGGACGGUUCCUCAGUCUUUGGGAGGAAAGAGCCCGGUCCGAUCACAGCAUUAAGCCUGAUACAGCCCCAGAUGCCCCUGCAGAAGCUGCUCUUCUCCGCAACGCUCACCCAGAACCCUGAGAAGCUGCAGCAGCUGGGCCUGUACCGGCCACGCCUCUUCAGCUCCGCCCACAGGGGGCCGGCCUCUGAUAAUGGCUCCGCCCAGCCCGAGGAGAAGUUUAUCUUUCCUCCAGGCCUGACGGAAUUCUAUGUGCCCUGUACCCUGAGCAAAAAGCCACUCCUAAUCCUCCACUUCAUCCUACACCUGAAGUUCAGCCCUGUCCUGUGCUUCACCAACUCCAGGGAGGCAGCCCACAGGCUGUGUCUGCUGGUGCAGCUGUUCGGGGGGGUCCAGGUAGCAGAGUUCUCCUCACAGCUGAGCCCCAGCGAGAGGAAGAGAGCCCUGAAGGGGUUUGAACAGGGCAAAAUCCAGCUGUUAAUCAGCACGGACGCCGCAGCACGGGGCAUCGACAUGGUGGGGGUGAAGUAUGUGAUCAAUUACGACGCACCGCAGUUCAUCAGGACUUAUGUUCACAGGGUGGGGAGGACUGCCAGGGCAGGCAAAGCAGGACUGGCCUUCACAUUCCUGCUGGGAAUCCAGGAGAGGAGGUUCCUGCAAAUGUUAAGCGAUGCCGGGAGCCCGGGAAUUCAGAAGCAGAUAAUUAAGCCUGAGAACUUGAAGGCGAUGGAGUCGCACUUUGAGAGGACGCUGCUGGAACUGAAGAAGGUCAUCAAGGAUGAAAGAGCCAAGAAGAAGCAAAUUUAAGACCAAGAAUAUUUAUAGUUGGCCGAUAAAACCCAAGAAAUAUUGCAUUUGUCUUACCUCAUAUUUUUAUUAAAAACAUAAACCCACAUAUAUUUCAUGCCCUGAAAA